CCAGGCCGGAAACAUGAAGGUCUCUGCAGUGCUCCUGUGCCUGCUGCUCACAGCCGCCAUCCUCACUACCCAGGUGCCCGCUCAGCCAGAUGCACUCAGUGCCCUAUUCACUUGCUGCUUCACAUUUAACAAUAAGAAGAUCCCCUUGCAGAGGCUGGAGAGCUAUCGAAUCACCAGCAGCCACUGUCCCCGGAAAGCUGUCAUCUUCAGUACGAAACUGGCCAAGGCUAUCUGUGCCGACCCAAAGGAGAAAUGGGUCCAGGAUUAUGUGAAACACCUGGAUCAAAGAACUCAAACGCCGAAGACUUGAACUCUUCCAGCCAUGCUAAGACCCGAGCAAAGCAUGAGAAAGGAACCCCUGUUUAUUCUCCUUCCUCCUCUCCAGCUAUACCCUGGACUAGUUUGACUAUAGUUUCAAAUAGGGUGCUUUCUGUGUUGUGAUGCAAAAAGGUACUAUGUCUUAAGUAAUAUUUAACGUUAUUUGAACUGUUGCGGGUUUGGGGGUUUAUUUCGAAUAUUGGUGACCUUUUUUCUAAAGCAAGGCCUUGAGCCAGUUGCUUCCUACCAUAAGCCCCAGUUCUGACCCUUGUAAGCUGCAGGCAGCAGGUCCGUCUCCUGCCUAACUCCCCAGCUGAUGCUCGUGCCUACAAAUCCUGGCGAUGAAGGGCUACUGCCAUCUGGGGAGGGGAGGUGGAUGUGAGGUGCAGCUAAGUAUGUUAUUACAGAAAGGAGAAUGCUAUUCAUAAGAUUGUUGACUUUUUGCAGAAAAUACAUCUUGUUUGA